GGUCGCGUUCAGUAGUUCGAACACUCUCCCCGCGGAACGCGACCCGAACCGAACAGCCCCCGAGGACCGCCCGCGCCCGCCCCCCGCAUCUGUAUUCACCUGCACGGUGCACGGGCGGAGGGGCGCGAGAUAACCGGCAGUGAAUCAACGCCCGCGCCGCCCCCGGGCCUCCACCCCCAGCCCCCUAACUGUCCCGCCCCUGGUUCGGCCCCCGGGGCCCGACCCUCCGCAGGACUUCGUCACCGCCGUGACACCGGCCACAGUCACGGAUCUCCCUUCGACGGCGCGGGGACGAGCACGGCGGCCAUCGCCACCUCCAGGGACCACUCGUCUGCAGCGACCGCUACGAUUCGCCCGGCGGGAGCCGCAAAAUGUGGCCGGGCGUGCUGUGCGGCGUGCUGCUGCUGCUGACGGGCAGGGUGCUGGAGGCGCACCGCGGCCAGGAGGCGGCCACGCACUUCACCAACGAGUGGGCGGUGCGCGUGGAGGGCGGCCCGCGCGUCGCGAGACUCGUCGCCGCCAGGAUGGGCUACUCCUUCAAGGGGCCGAUUAUCGGCUUUAGCAACACCUACCUGAUGGUCAAGGCGGACAGCCCUCGGACGCACAAGCGGGCGAACCCUCACCUCACGGAGCGGCUAGUGCAGGACGACCGGGUGGUGUGGGCGGAACAGCAGUUCACCAAACCGAGACAGAAGCGGGAUUUUAUUCAAGUCCUCCCGCCCGACGACGGGUCCCCGCCUCGCGCCGCCGCGAGCGCCGUCCCGCGGCGGCGGUCCCAACUGCGGCGCCGCUACGCCGCGUCCGAGUCGGCGGCGGCGGCUGAGGCGUCCGCGGCCGGCGGCGCCACCUCGCGUCGGGAGGACGAACUCAACGCGACGGCGGCGCUUGCAGGAAGGCUGGGCUGCGCCGCGGCCGGGGUAACGCCGGCGCAGAGCGCGCGCCUCUUCAACGACGAGCUCUGGCCGCGGCAGUGGUACCUCAUGGACACGCGCACGCGCCUCGACCUGCCCAAGCUGGACCUGCACGUGCUGCCCGUGUACUGCAGGGGCAUCACGGGGCGCGGCGUGCGCGUCACGGUGCUCGACGACGGCAUGGAGAAGGACCACGAGGACCUGCGCGACAAUUACGACCCCGACAUCAGCUACGACGUGGACGACGGCGACCUGGACCCCUCCCCGAGGUACGACCCGUCGACCUCCAACGCCCACGGCACGCGAUGCGCCGGCGAGAUCGCCAUGAAGGCCAACAACCGCAAGUGCGGCGUCGGCGUGGCCUUCAACGCCAGGAUAGGCGGCGUCAGGCUGCUCGACGGCGAGGUAAACGAUCGCAUGGAGGGCACGGCGCUGGGCUGGGCGCACCACCUCGUCGACAUCUAUAGCGCGUCCUGGGGACCCAACGACGACGGCAAGACGGUGGAGGGCCCCGGCAGGCUCGCCCUCGAGGCCAUGAAGCGCGGCGUCACCGAGGGUCGUGGGGGGAAAGGAUCCAUCUACGUGUGGGCGUCGGGCAACGGCGGCACCUUUGGCGACAACUGCAACUGCGACGGCUACGUCAACGCCGUGUACACGCUGGCCAUCGGCUCGGCCUCUGAGCGCGGUCACUUCCCGUGGUACGGCGAGCGCUGCGCCUCCACCAUGGCCACCGCCUACUCGUCCGGCGCCUACUGGGAUCAGAUGAUCGCCACCACCGACCUCAGGAACUCGUGCACCAUACGCCACACUGGGACAUCCGCCGCUGCCCCUCUGGCCGCUGGCAUCAUCGCCCUCGCCCUCGAGGCAAACCCCGCGCUCACCUGGCGAGACGUGCAGCACCUGGUGGCCAGCUCCUCCGAGUACGCCCCGCUGGCGGACAACCCCGGCUGGCGGCAGAACGCGGCCGGCUUCUGGGUCAACACGCGCUUCGGGUUCGGCCUGCUCAACGCCGACGAGCUGGUGCACCAGGCGCAGGACUGGGUCACCGUCCCCGACAAGGCCGUCUGCGUCGUCGACGGGAUCACUUCGCAGAACGCGUCCUUCGUGCGCGGGGAGCGCAUAGCGGUGCUGUUCGCCAGCGACGGGUGCGGCGGCGGGCCGCCCGAGCAGGCCGUCAACUUCCUGGAGCACGUCGAAGUGUCGGCCAACGUCGAGUACCCCGUGAGGGGCGCGCUCGAAAUGUACCUCACGUCGCCGGCGGGUGAGGAAAUCAUCGCGAUGACGGAUCAGCUCAACUCCCCUCUCUCCCUCUCUCUCUCUCUGUUCGCUGGGCCCUCUCGGCUCGGCACCGCACUGCCCCUUAGUGGCGCCGCCGCGGCGCGUAGUGAUUUCCCCAGGCGACUCAUCGGGACCGUCGCGACGUCCCGCCGGGGCCUUCCGUAAAUGAUGAAACGCCGCCCCAAUUCCCUCGUUCCUCACUCACUCCUCGCACGCACACACGCCCGUGGGGGGUGGCCGAAGACACUACUUACUUUACGGCCGUACCCCGCGCCUAAAACUCUCUGAACAGUGUUG